AUGGUUGUCGACAGCGUUCUCCUUAUCCCCAGCCUCCUGCUCCUGGUGGCUGGGGUGUCUCUGCUCACCGUUUCCUGGCGCCGACAGGGUUCUGACCGGCGCCAGCAAUGGUGGACAUGGUGUCUGCAAGUGGUGGCAUCGAAGUCAGGUGCUGAGAGGCAGGCAGGCAGGCACAGGAGCCCCCUGUGCAGGCCACGUUGCUCCCAGCAGCAAGCAUCGCCACGGCAGGGCAGUCCCAUCCUGCCCCAUCUCAUCCAGCCAGGAAAGAUCCGGCCUUUCUUGCUGCGCAGUCGGUGCCCCUCUCUGCACACGGACUCUGCCACUGGUACCACGAGCUCUGCGGGGAAACCCGGCAGGCUUCCCAGACAGGACCAGCGCCCGCAGAUUCUGGUGGCACGCGGGACCCCCAGGACGCUCCGUCAGCGUCCUAGGCUAGGCGGUGGAGUUGAAGACCUGCCACCUGAGAUCUCCAACUUCACAAAGCCACCAGUGAAAGGGAAGGUCUUCCAGGUGGGCCUCGUUCAACGAGAGGAGAGAAAACGCUGGUGGGACUACGAGACCAAGAGGCGUUUUUGGCGUAUGCUCUCCCCAGCACUUCCCAAAGUGCACAAGAAAGCAGGAGCAGCAGCAGGACCACCACCAGCUUCAGGCCUGGAGAAAAGAAGACCACAGAACUGA